AUGGAAGAUCUCUUUAUUCUUCUAAAUAAAUGUCCCAUUCUCGAGGAAGUGCACGCAGAAUAUUUAAAUCUAAACAAUCUGGAUAUUUCAUUUGCUCAAAAGGCAGUAAAGAAAAGAUUUCCAUAUUUCCCAAAUCUAAUUAGAGCAAGCAUUACCAACGCGUCUUUUUAUACGAAGCAUUCCAUCGCUUUGAUUUUCCGGCUAUCGGUUCAGGUUCUUCGUAUAGAACUGGACUUACCACUUAGCAGCUGCUAUCGUUAUCCGUUUUACAAUUUAACCUGCAUGGAGCUGAUCCUUAAGCUUAAUCAUUGUGACAAAUGGUUGUGGUUGCUAGAAUUGCUGAAACAUUGUCCCAAACUUCAAAGCCUUACUAUUAACGAGGACUAUUGGAAUAAUGGAAAAGAUGUUGUUGAUAAUUGGAAGGAUCCAGAAAUUGUUCCGACAUGUAUUUCAACACAGCUGAGAACAUGUUUGCUUAAAGGCUACAAAUAUACUGAAUGUGGGCUUCAAUUUGCUGAAUUUAUUAUGCAGAACUCGAAAGUAAUGAAGAGAAUGUCAAUCAAGAGUGCUUCUUCCAUCAGUGAAAAUGUUAAGCACCAAAUGUUAAAGAAAUUAGCUUCUGCGACAAGAGCCUCGGCAACAUUACUUAAUUGUUGUGGAUAUGGACUUGUGUGA